AUGGCGCAAGAACCUCUUACACCCUUUGGCAAUGCCCUGGCUGGUGCCCUUGGAGGUGUCUUCUCCAAUGCCGUCAUCUACCCGCUCGAUACUGUGAAGACCCGCAUCCAAGCUGGCACACAAGAAGCAGAGAAAGGCAAAAAAGCGGUUUCGAAGUCGAGUGGAGAUGUGACUGUCAGGAAGGGGGCUGGCAUGCUCGAGGGUGUAGUCACAAUUGCUCGAUCGAAGGAGGGCGUGGCUGGUCUGUACAAAGGCUUUGGCGCCAGCAUGGUCAACACCUUCUCCACUCAAUUUGCCUACUUCUACUGGUACAGCGUCGUGCGUACUCUUUACAUCAACCGGCUCACAAAGACUGGAGCCGCCGCAGCAGCAGCAGGAGCUGCUGUUCAGCUCAGCACAGCCAUCGAGCUUCUGCUCGGCGCAGUAGCGGGCGGUCUGGCACAAAUUUUCACCAUUCCUGUUGCCGUCAUUGCGACACGUCAGCAGCUAGGAGGAGGCACACCCAAGCCCAGUGUGUCUGGCAGACCAGCCGGCGCUGGGCCAGAGCCUGCUCAGAGCGGGGUCGCAAAGGCCGCAUCAAAAGUGGUGGAGGAUGAGAGCUUUCUGGGCGUCGCGAAAGACAUUCUGAGGGAAGACGGCAUCACUGGCCUCUGGCGUGGUCUGAAGCCCAGUCUGGUGCUCACUGUGAACCCUGCCAUCACGUACGGAGUCUACGAGCGUGUCAAAAAUGUAAUCCUCGCUGCAAGUGCAGACGGAAAGAUGACACCCGGCAAGAGCUUCCUGAUCGGGGCUCUCUCUAAGACGCUUGCGACGGUUGUUACAUUCCCAUACAUUCUGUCAAAGAUUCGUCUUCAAGCAAGAAACACACCGUACACUGGCGCUCUUGAUUGCUUGGCCAAGAUUGCCAAGGAGAAGGGCAUCACUGGAUGGUAUCAGGGCAUGCAAGCACAAAUCACAAAGGCUGUUCUUGCGCAAGCUCUCCUGUUCUACUUCCGAGACUAUUUCGAGGUGUGGGCGCGCAAGCUGCUUCAAAAGCAGUGA